AUGCCACUUCCUGCAUUACAGCAACCUUCUCAGGCAGAGGACCCUAAUGGAGUGGAGCGACAUUCGUCCUCUCAAUGGAAGAAAGAUAAAGUACAGUCCGAUUGCAAAGAAGCGAAGGACAUGGGCUAUGACCUUGAGGAGCCUGUCGAUCUCUUCCAAUUGUCUAUAAACGUAAAACAAAGAGCAAAGAGACGAGAAUUUCUGCUUUGGGCGAGUCCUUCUGAGCCUUCCUUUCUUUUGAGGAAGAGUCAAGAUGGGCUUGGGCUGGAAGAGAAAGAAGCAUCUGCUUGA